AUCUUCACCUCCACAUCUGUCGCUCAUCCUUCCAUCUCGCAUUCACAAUCCUCUCUUCCAUCUUAUUUCAUCUUUCACAGAACCCAUCAAAAGAUUUGUUACAUUUCUUGGAUUUAUAUGUCUCGCUGAGAUAUCAUAAUCCUACUGCAGUAUCAAUCAACUGUGCCAUGGAAGUAGCUGGCCUCACCCUCGGGGCCGUGGCACUCGUAAGUUUAUUCAAAGAUUGCGUCGACCUUUUCUCCAUGAUCACAGUAGCUCGUGGCUUGGUAAAAGAUGCGGCCAUACUGGACACGAAGCUCGAUGUCGAGAGGAUGCUAUUUCUUCAAUGGUCUGAGCGCGUUGGACUUCUAAAGAAGGACUCCACGAACACGCUGUCUCACGACACGGAUACCCGACAAAUUGUUUCGCGUAUUUUAGAAAGCGUCAAAAGCCUGUUGAGUGAAGGCCAGGCUCUGCAAAGAGACUAUGGUCUUAAGAAAGUUGAUGUUACCAAGCUUACCACCGAGCAUACCGGCACUGGAUCGACAACGGGCUAUAGAGGCGCCAGCUCUUAUCGAUUCGAAAGGUUCCUCAAACAAUUUGAGGCGCUCAAAAUUCGGCCCUCUCAAGUCUCGGAUGCCGGCCAGCACAGGGAGUUGAAAAGAACCACCAAGCAAUUGCGUUGGGUUAUCGUCGACAAGGAUAAAUUUAACUCUCUCAUCGACCAUCUCUCCUACUUCAAUACCUCCCUUAAUAAUCUUGUUCCGAUCUCGGUAGAAUCUGAAACGACUCCUUGCGAGAAUGAUUUGAUUCAAAUCAAGGACCUUGCUGAACUUGACUUGGUCAUCCAAGCAACAGCGAAUACACGGCCAAGCGUCAGCAAAGCAGCUGUUGCUGCUAAGUCUGCGCUUAUCUCAUCUCGUGUUCUCCGCUCUCUCUGGUUCCGCUCGUACGACGACCGCAGAAUUAAUAUCAAGAACCAUCACUUCAAAACUCUACAAUGGGCUCUUGAUCCCCCUAGCGAUUACCUUCAGUGGGACGAUCUCAACACUUGGUUACAGAGCGCAUCUGGGUUAUACUGGCUUUCUGGGAAAGCUGGGAGCGGCAAGUCAACUCUGAUGAAGUACCUUCAUCAGCAUGAGAAAACACAUGCUCUACUUCGAACCUGGGUCAAUGGCUCUGGACUGAUCUUCGCAAGCUUCUUCUUCUACGCUCUUGGAAAGUCGGAGCAAAAGUCACAGUCUGGGCUUUUGCGAAGCCUGCUCUACCAGAUUCUGGAGCAUGACCCAAGUGUCACUGAAAGCGCUCUUCCUCAUAUGUGGCGAGAAGCGUGCUACACUCAGCAAAGAUCUCUAAACAUUGAAGUUCCAUCCGUUGCGGAGAUGACAGCUGCUUUAAAAGAUCUAUGCUCAAGGCUUCAUUGCGAUAAAAAGAUCUUUUUUUUGAUUGACGGUAUUGACGAAUAUGAAGGGAAAGAUAUGGAUGUUGCAAGAUUUAUCAGCGAGCUUGAAUCGUUUUCGAACGUUAAGAUUCUUGUGUCAAGUAGACCGCAUCCGGCAUUUUUCACCGCAUUUUCUCAAAAGCCAAUGAUGAGCCUUCAGAAGUUGACGAAACACGAUGUUGCUACCUAUAUCGACGAUACCGUGGCCUCUCAUCCCUACAUGAUGACUAUAUCUCGACUAUCCCCCCUGGAAACUGGAGAUAUCACGCAAAGGCUUGUGGAAAAGGCAUCCGGCGUUUUCCUCUGGGUCGUUCUCGCUUGCCGGUCGGUCAUCGAGGGAUGUGAUGAUUUUUGUACCAUAACCGAGCUCAAAGAAAGAGUUGACGAGUUGCCCAAAGAGGUUGAGGAUCUCAUUGAACAUAUGCUUGGGAAAAUUGAUCCAAAAUGGAAGCAAGAAGCUAUGAAGCUCAUACAUCUUGUUUACACCAAUGAAGGUUGCAAGGGAAUCGAUCCCAUUCCAACUCUAGGGUUGUACUUGACACACGAAAAGGGGCUUGGUGGAGAUACAAGCUUAUCAGGAAUGAACCUCGAACCGGUUCCUCUCACAGAAAUGGAAGACCAAUGCCGCAUUAUGGAGGGUCGAAUAAGGAGUCGGUGCUGUGGCCUACUUGAAGUCUACAACUAUGACCGACAUGAGAGGAUAAUUGAGGAAUGCACUGUCAAAUUUAUGCACAGGACUGUGUACGACAUGCUGUUACAGCCAGACGUCUCAAAUCGCCUGUUCAGAGACCUUCAAAGCGAGGACUUUAAUAGCUACGCAAUCUUGUCUGAAAUCUGGUGUCGAAUGAUCCACACUGAUUCAGGGUCUGACGAGAUAUAUAUGAAUGCUUUGUGUCCUGUCAAAUAUGGAGACUUGAAUGGAUGCCCGCCUGAGAUCACAGUCCAUCUCCUUUCAAGGUUGCAAUUCCUCUUUGGCCAAAUUACUGCUACUUCAUCGCCGUCACCAGACGUUCCCCGUUACUUACGACAUGAUAAAGAAUGUCGCAGACACUGCGAUGACUUGUCAGUGGUUUUCCCGCUUGCUCUCGAGAUGGGAAUGUAUGAUGUAAUUCGCUUUGUCUUUGAGAACAAGGAUUCAUUGGGGCAUUUAUUGUUUCGUCCACUAAACAUUACAUUGCUAGGGGACUGCCGGGUCGCGCAGAGUGCAUCCAACCCCUGUCACCAAUUUAGCUGUCAAGAUGAGGGACAUAUUCUUGGGAGCACAUACCCAUUGAUCUAUCACGUUAUGAUGCAGCCAUUGUUACAAAUCUACUCUUAUGUCGGCAGUAAUUCCUGGAACCUGGAACGGUUGCCUUUAAUGCAGCUUAUCUUAAACAUGGAUGCGAAUUUACAGCAUCACAAUAAGGGGAUGGGGAGAAGACAGCUAGGGGUCUUAGGUGCGAAGCAUAGCCCUCAUAGUCUCGAUUCGUGGGACAUUGCCGACCUAUUCGAAUCAAUCGAGAGGUUAGCCAAGGAUGACUACGAAAACCGAGAGGAAUGGAGGGAGGUGAAAAGAUUGUGUGAGGAACAGCUGAAAGACGCUUCCUUUGGACGCAACAGACCGAUACAACAGCCCCAGGGAAUGCGACCCGAGAUUAGGACCGCGAAACGGGGGCUUACUACAAAUGAUUCUAUAGAGCCUUCUAGAAAAAGACAGAGGUAGUUGGUCUAAGGCUAAGAGUACUGUAUGACAUGCUUGAUAUGAUGUUACCUGAACCUUUGCGCUGCAAGACACAACUACUUACCGGACACUGAGAAGCUAUACUUAGGCAGCAUGGCUACAUUUUAGAUAACGAUUAGUUGCUCUUAAAAGAGAUUCAUU